GGCGGGGCGCGGCCCAGCAUGCAGCGCGGCGCCGUUUGAAUGGCGCAGGCUCCGGGCGCUGCGCCCCGGCCCUAGGCUGCCGCGGCUCCUCCUCCGGCGCGGCGCGGCUCGGGCCGAUACCAUGAGCGGCGGGGAUUUGAGAGAUUAUGGCCUCUGAAGCCCACAAUGUUAGAAAACAGAAAGUAUUGCAUAUCGAAGGUUGUCUCGUUGAUCUCCCCAGAAAAAGAAUUUCUUCUUCCACUAGAAAGAUCAUGAAGGAGGGUAAGAAAUCUCCAAAACAGCUGGCUUCAUACACAAACAGAAUAACAGUUGGAAAAACAGUGACCAGUCCCCUGUCUGUCUUCAAAGUAGUAUAUUGUAAAAGAAAAGUCCGUUGUUAUACUCCAAAGCCUUGUUAUAAAAAGAAACAGUUCCCUAAAUCAAGGGGCUGUGACAUGGCAAAUAAAGAAAAUGAACUGGCUUGUGCAGGGAAUCUGCCAGCAAAACUGCACGACAGUCGUACACACUUGUUGAAUUCUAGUGACUCUGGCUCAUCUCAAACAGAAGGCCCCUCAUCCAAAUAUAGUGGAUUUUUUUCAGAGGUUUCUCAGGACCAUGAAACUAUGGCUCAAGUUCUUUUCAGCAGGAAUCUGAGGCUGAAUGUAGCUUUAACCUUUUGGAGAAGGAGAAGUAUAAGUGAACUGGUAGCCUACCUAGUGAGGAUACAGGAUCUUGGAGUAGUAGUAGACUGCCUUCCCGUGCUUACGAACAGUUUACAGGAAGAAAAACCAUAUAUUUCAAUUGGCUGCUGUGUAGAUCUUUUGCCUUUAGUGAAAUCACUACUUAAAAGCAAAUAUGAGGAAUAUGUGAUAGUUGGUUUAAACUGGCUUCAGGCUGUCAUUAAAAGAUGGUGGUCAGAACUAUCUUCACAUACAGAGAGGGCAGAUGAUAGAAAUAUUCACAUUUUAAAAGAACUGUUAAGUGGAUUAUGGGAACAAGAGAAUCAUCUUACUCUGGUUCCAGGAUAUACUGGUAAUAUAGCUAAGGUAAUCCAGUUCCAGUUGUGUUUAGUAAUCAAUAUAGUUAUAUCAUUUGCAGUAUUCCUCUCUUUGGAUGUUAUUUACUUUAAACUAUUGAAGGACAGAAAUAGAUUUACUGCUAGAAUAUUUUUCACUAAUGUUCAAGUAUAUUGCCCAGUUUUUUUUGCAGAAAUCCAGAGUGAAUGCUAAAUGAUGAUGAUUGUGUGGUUUUAAAAUGCUAACAGUGAAUUUUUAUCAUUUUUUUCCUUUAUAAAGAAACUAUCUCCUUAAUAAAAUGGUUAAUAGUAGCAAGAUUUUAAAACAAUGUAGAAAAUAGUUCAGGUGAGUAGAUAGAUUGUGGAAGGACAGAUGUUUUCUCUAAAAUCUGCUGUACCAAUUGUGUAAGGGUGAUGCAACAUAGAGAAUCUGAGCCCAGCAGUGUUGUUUGCAUUUGCAUGUCAGGUGACUGGGGCAAGUUUUUGCUGGCCUAGUGCUUAGAAAAUGGUGACUUUGGGGAGAGCAGAGGAGUGGUUCCAUCUGAAGUGAACCCCCCUCUGCCUUUCUUCAUCUGACUGUGCUUAAUGCUAUGCUUUAAUGCUAUGCCUAAAGGUGUCUGAUAAAUGCAUGACCUGCUGGUCAUGGUACUCAUCUCUAUAACGAUGGUUUUCUGAGGCUGGGCACCAAAGGUUACACUGAGUGAGGAAACCUCCAUCUCCCUGGCAUGAUUUAAUAAAAUGACCUAAUAAAGGUAGGGAAUGAGCCAGGACAUAAACCAGACACGUGGCUAGAGCUAGGAUUAGAGUAAACUUGAAAAGAACAUGGAGAUUGCCUGCUUUGUUAUAUCUGCAGGAGCUUUGUGGGAUCUACAGUUCUAUGGGUAUAGAAUUUGUCACUUUGUUUUAUCAAGCAAAUAAGUUAUUUCUUGUCCUGGGACUGCUGUGCCUCUGUGACCUGUAAUUUUGACAGCUCUACAAGGGUAGUUGCAAACUCCUUGCGGAGUUGCAGAUGUGAUGCAGAAGAAAAGAGUUCUAACUCACAACUGGUAGAGCAAUUGGAGGUUUUAUUAUAGAUUGCCCUGUUUAUCUGGUAGGUCAACAUAGUUACAGCAAGUGCCAGUUUGUUUCUCUAAGAUUCUGGUACCCUUUCUGUUCAUUUGCUGCUCUUCAAGGUAUACCAGGAUAGAUUGUGACCAAGGACACCUACCUGAACAAGUAGGGAGCAAAAAGAAUAGUACAAGAAUGUUGGAGAGGGGUGGGGGGAAGAUAUAACCCUUAAUAAACACAGUUUGUGUACAUAACCUCACUAAAUGAUGAUGGUUUUCUUUCCUGCCAUUGGUGUGCAUGCAGAGAGCAGAAGAAAAAUCAAGUUGAUGGCUUUGGAAACUAAUUCCACUGUGGUUGUAGGCUUUUUAGCAUAAAGGAGUGUUCUUAAAAGCAUUAAUUAAAAAUAAUCCUGAAUUUGUGGAUAACCCGUUCUGAAAUUUGGCCUAAACAUAACUAUUGUAACAUAAUUUUAUUGUAUUAUGGUCCUGAUUGAUUGCCCUGCUUCAAACAUACAGUUGAUGUUACAGCCUUAAGCAAUGUGACAAACUUUCUCCUUUUUUUUCUUUCUAGGAUGUAAAUGCUUAUUUAUUACAACUACACUGACAUGAUUGAGAAAUGGUGUGCUUAUGUGGUGAAACAAUCCCCUAAAAUAUCCCUGAAAUAUGUACUAUUUCUGAAAGCCUUUUGAGAAAUACUGGCGGAAGAGAACUGAACUGUCAAGCUGUUUAAUGAAACCACUAACAAAAUCCUAACAAUCUACUUCACAUUGAAGUGGAAAAAUGUCUAGUAGGAGCACCUUUCACUUCAGUGAGGUGAAAGUGCACUAUGAAAACUGUAUGCCUUUGCUGCAUUUGGGAUUUGUUCACUUACUAGGUAUUCAUUUAAAUGCUACUGUGUUUUACUACAACGUCGCGUAAAAAGUUGAAUUAUACCAUCAUGAAGACAAGACAGCAGAACCAGUUAAAAUGAACCAACAGGAGUAAUCAGCAUUAAGAGCUUUUAAGUGUUUCUUUCACAAGAACUCCAAAAUGCACAACUAUCUUCCAUUUAUGUUAAAGAAAACUUUGAAAUAUUGAAUUUCUUCUGUUUUAAUCAAAAUUAAAGACUUUUGUUUGCACUAUUGAGAAACUAUACAGCAAAGAUGCCUUAAUUACUAGUGUUUCAAAAAGCCAAUGUGUUAAGAUGCAAAUAGCUAUUACAUUCAGAUUGUGUUGAAAAACUACUACAAAAAUCAGGGUUUCACAUUGUGUAGUUGUUUAUGAAACAUUGCACAUUGACAAGAAUUCAUGUAUGAAAUAUUAUAAAUACCUGAAGUUAAGCUUGGAUAAACAGUUAUUACAAAUGUGAGCAGAAUGGUGAAUUUGUCUAACAAAUGUUUUUAUAUUGUAUGUGGAUUUCUAACACAGUAAUCUUGUUCUGUAUCAUUUAAACUACAUGCAAAUAAGUAAAUAUAUUAAAUGUAUCUUUUUUCUUUUCAAGUUCAUAAAAAUGAUUUCUAGAACAA